UUACAGGCGUGAGCCACCGCACCCAGCCUGAAUCAUACGCUUCUAAAAGCCCCAUGGCGUCCCUCCCUGUCCUGCAGAAGGACAGCGUGUUUCAGUCGGGAGCCCAAGCCUACAGAAUCCCUGCCCUGCUCUACCUGCCUGGGCAGCAGACCCUGCUGGCCUUCGCGGAACAGCGGGCAAGCAAGAAGGAUGAGCAUGCGGAGCUGAUUGUCCUGCGCAGAGGAGGCUACGAUGCGCCCACUCGCCAGGUUCAGUGGCAAGCUCAGGAAGUGGUGGCCCAGGCCCGGCUGGAUGGCCACCGGUCCAUGAACCCAUGCCCCUUGUAUGACGCGCAGACGGGGACCCUCUUCCUCUUCUUCAUUGCCAUCCCUGGGCAAGUCACGGAGCAACAGCAGCUGCAGGCCAGGGCCAAUGUGACGCGGCUGUGCCAAGUCACCAGCACUGACCACGGGAGGACCUGGAGCUCCCCCAGAGACCUCACUGAUGCGGCCAUCGGCCCAGCCUACCGGGAGUGGUCCACCUUUGCGGUGGGCCCGGGGCAUUGUUUGCAGCUUCACAACAGGGCCCAGAGCCUGGUGGUGCCCGCCUAUGCCUACCGGAACCUUCACCCCAUCCAAAGGCCGAGCCCCUCUGCCUUCUGCUUCCUCAGCCAUGACCAUGGGCGCACGUGGGCGCGAGGGCACUUUGUGGCCCAGGACACCCUGGAGUGCCAGGUGGCUGAAGUGGAGGCUGGGGAGCAGAGGGUGGUGACCCUCAACGCGAGAAGCCACCUCCGAGCCAGGGUCCAGGCCCAGAGCAACAAUGACGGGCUUGAUUUUCAGGAGUCUCAGCUGGUGAAGAAACUGGUGGAGCCGCCGCCCCAGGGCUGCCAGGGGAGUGUCAUCAGCUUCCCCAGCCCCCGCUCGGGGCCUGGCUCCCCAGCCCAGUGGCUGCUCUACACUCACCCCACACACUCCUGGCAGAGGGCCGACCUGGGCGCCUACCUCAACCCACGACCUCCAGCCCCUGAGGCCUGGUCGGAGCCGGUACUGCUGGCCAAGGGCAGCUGUGCCUACUCAGACCUCCAGAGCAUGGGCACCGGCCCCGAUGGGUCCCCCUUGUUUGGGUGUCUGUAUGAAGCCAAUGAUUACGAGGAGAUUGUCUUUCUCAUGUUCACCCUGAAGCAAGCCUUCCCGGCUGAGUGCCUGCCUCAAUGA